UACCUCCUUCAACUUACCGUCACUAUGUCCGACAAUUUACACUUUGACCAAGUUACACAGAAAGAGCUCACGUCCUUUAUCGAAAGAGAGCAAGCCCAGGCAAAAUUACACGCCUCAAUACAACGCUUCACAGACCUGUGUUGGGACAAGUGCAUGUCCUCAAAACCCUCAACCAGUCUCUCAAGAGCCGAAGAAAGCUGUUUAGUGAACUGCGUGGAGAGGUUUCUCGACUCAAGUUUGCACAUGGUCAAAGAAUUAGAAAACAAACGCGCUCAGCUUUCCGGUUAGAAUCUAUCUAACUAGCUGUCCGUGUAAAGCAAUCAUUUCCUUACCCUC